GUCUGACAGACACACAGACAGCAGAGUCAUCACUGUGCUGGAUUGAGGGGUUUUCGGUUAUAAUAGCAGAUAACCUGUUUCAAGUGUAUUUAAACGUACUGCGGCUGACAAUAUAAAGGGCUGAUUUGGAAUGGAAUGGAUCUGCCAGAAGAGAUCCUUGCACAUAUUUUUUCUUUCCUGCCUUUACAGGACAAAUGCAAUGCAUUUACUGUUUGUAAGGCUUGGUCUAAUAUCAUGACACAUCCAAGCUCAUGGAAAGAUACUGAAGUCAGGUGUGAGUCAGGAACCAGUGUCCCUGACAGAUAUUCUGCUCUUCUGCCACUGGUCAGAAACUUGAAACUGAGAAUGUGUCUGACCGAUCCAGCCAAUCGCAAAACAGCACUCUGGGUGCUGCGGCAGGCAGUUGCCAGAGGUGAUGGGCGGCUGGAAGGACUUUCCAUCUGUUGUGUGGGGAACACACCUCUCUUUUAUGCUGGUCAGGACCUGCAGCAAGGCUUAGUGGACAUACUGACGAACGGGUCGUCCCUAACCGUGCUUGACCUAAGGGGUGUACCCUUCACCCUCAGCGACUCCUUCGUCAGGAGUGUAGCCAUGCUUUGCCCUGCUCUGCAAAGUCUUUACAUCAACAAUCACUCUCUGGUGUGCGGCGUCAAUGCUGAGACGCUAAGGCAAGUGCUGAAAAGCUGCCGGUCACUCAGCAUUCUCGGAGUUUUUCAGGCCAGUCUAUCACAAGACGUCUUGAAAGAUCUCAUGUUGCCAGAGCGACCAGCGCUAAAGAAACUAGAGCUCCGUUGCGAACGCACACUUAAAUACACCGUGCCUCUCUGUGACCAGAUAUGGUUAGAGUUAAAACUGAGACACCCGCGUCUCUGGGUGGAACUUGAGCUGGACCACACCCUUCCCGAAUUGCACGUUCCAGGGGUACUGCAGCCCAGCAUCCCUGUCCGGUGUCUUCGGAUGCUCACUUGGACUUUGCUGUUGGAUGAGGUCCGGAUAGUCAGGCAGAGUUACGCAAACACGCUAGAGGUUCUGGAGCUGCAGACAAUCCCAUCCCCUGAACUUAACUCUGAGCUGAUAGCCUUAGCAAAGCAGUGUGCCAGGCUCCAAGAGGUUCACUGUUAUUGUGUGGUCUCGCAGGAAGUAAUAACAGCGUUCAUCACAAACUGUCCGAAUCUCUGCAGAUUCACACUCAAAACACAUAAGGAGCCUCACCCAUGGACCUCUAGACUAAAGUAAACUAAACUGUAGUGCUCUUGCACAAUUUUUACAUUAGCGACAUUUGUGAGACUGAUUAUGUGAAAUCCUUUUACAGACGGUUAGAUGUUCUUGUUACCAUUUAAGCUCAAGAUGCUCUUUGGAUCAUUCUCAAAUCAUGCAGGAGAAUGUGAUCAUCAGGUUUAGUUCAUGGAGGUCACAUGCGGCUGUCACUACAGCAUAAGGGAGACAAACCAAACACUAAGAUGUUCUGAAAUUCAUGUACAUUUUUAAAUUAAACUUCACUUAAAUAUAAAACAUUAUUCUGUCAUCAUUUACUCAGAUUCAUGUCAUUCCAAACCUGAACAACUUUCUUCUGCAGAACACAAAAGAAGAUAUUUUGAAUGUUGGGAACCAAAUGACAUUGGAACCCACUGACUUCGAUUACAUGAAAAAUUAACAUUUCUUAAUAUAACUUCUUUUAUGUUCAGAAGAAUAAAGAAAUGCAUACAGGUUAUAAAUAUGCAAAGACAUGAGGUGAGUACAUAAUGCAGAUGAACUAGGCUACCUUAAAUAUAAACAGUUUUACUAAUGCUCUCAGGUUUAAUUUGGUGUUUUAACACGUUAUAGUUCUGUGAUAUAACACAAUGGGCUUCAGAUGAACACAAAUGUCAUUAUUCAUGUGUUAAUUAUUAACAUUUAUUGACAUCAGAGCACAAAUUCUCUUUUAACAACCAAAUGAUUACAUUUCAUUUCGAGCAUCACACUUAACACUGAAUUUUUGUAGUUGGGAGUGAAACUUGCACAUUCAAAAAUGAAAGUGCACUUAUAUUUCAAACUUAUUUUUGUUUGUGUAUAUUAAGCUCAAAAUGUUACGAAGUGUACGGCCAAUGCACUCUGCUUUCGUGUAUUCACAUACAGUCAGCCAGUCAAUCAAACAUUUGAGUUUUUCUCCUCAUUCAUAAUAGUUAAAAGAGAAGUCAUAGAAUGCUGAAGUAUUCUGAGAAGAAAGGUGGCUGGAGCUGCUAUUAUUGAUAUGCUUGAUGAACUUGAGGGUGUCUUUGUCUCUGUAGACCAGAGCGAGGGAGUUAUCUUCAGGAUACACUGUCAGGAGCUACAGAAAAAAACAGUGUCAACAGAAUAAAUAAUGUGCAAUAGUCUGCUGUGUUUGCAUAUGUUAUAAUAAAUCAUUAAAUGAAAACAAA